CGGCGGUGGCGGGAGCGUCCCUGGUUUCCGCCCCUGUUUCCCACUCUCCUUCCACCUCCGACCCGCCGGGGCUGUGGACAGGCUCCGCUGGCCCGUCCCCCGGAGCCGCCCCGCUGCUGCCGCUUCCUCCCUCCGCUCGCCGUGAGCCCGGCAGUCUCCGCACUGUGCGCUCCCCCGUCUGGGCCAUGGAUGGUGUUGUUACAGAUCUUAUAGCAGUCGGUUUAAAGCGGGGAUCUGAUGAGCUUCUUUCUUCUGGCAUCAUUAACGGACCUUUUACCAUGAACAAUUCUAGUCCUUCUAUAGGUGUGUAUGCUAAUGGGAAUGACAACAAGAAAUUUAAAGGAGAUAGACCUCCCUGUUCGCCUUCCCGUGUUCUCCAUCUUCGCAAAAUUCCAAGUGAUGUCACCGAAGCAGAGGUCAUAUCAUUAGGUCUACCAUUUGGCAAAGUAACUAAUCUUUUGAUGUUGAAAGGAAAAAGCCAGGCUUUCUUAGAAAUGGCUUCUGAGGAAGCUGCUAUUACUAUGGUGAAUUAUUACACUCCUGUUACUCCUCACCUUCGAAGCCAGCCUAUUUUUAUUCAGUAUUCCAAUCACAGAGAACUUAAGACUGACAAUCUACCUAAUCAAGCUGUAAGCAAAAGAACUCCUCCAGCUCUUGAUUCUGUGUUGAAAGUUAUUUAUAAUCGAGCCCAAGCUGCACUGCAGGCUGUCAGUGCUGUCCAGUCAGGAAAUCUGGCCCUUCCUGGAGCUCCCACCAAUGAAGGCACAAUGCUACCUGGGCAGAGCCCUGUGCUCCGGAUAAUUAUUGAAAACCUCUUUUACCCUGUUACUCUGGAAGUUCUUCAUCAGAUAUUUUCUAAAUUUGGCACAGUCUUGAAAAUUAUCACCUUUACAAAGAAUAAUCAGUUUCAAGCCUUGCUUCAGUAUGCUGACCCAUUGAAUGCACAGUAUGCCAAAAUGGCACUGGAUGGCCAGAAUAUCUAUAAUGCAUGCUGCACUCUGCGUAUUGACUUCUCCAAGCUUACCAGCCUUAAUGUGAAAUAUAAUAAUGACAAAAGCAGAGACUUCACUCGCUUAGACCUUCCUACUGGUGAUGGCCAUCCAUCCCUUGAAUCCCCUAUGGCUGCUGCUUUUGGUGCACCAGGUAUAAUUUCCUCACCAUAUGCAGGGGCUGCUGGAUUUGCCCCAGCCAUUGGAUUUCCUCAAGCUACAGGUCUGUCAGUCCCAGGUGUUCCUGGAGCUCUUGGUCCUCUCGCACUCACCUCCUCUGCUGUCACUGGAAGGAUGGCCAUUCCUGGGGCUGGUGGUAUACCAGGAAAUUCUGUUCUGCUUGUCACCAAUCUCAAUCCUGAUCUUAUCACACCACAUGGGCUGUUUAUCCUAUUUGGAGUAUAUGGUGAUGUACAUCGAGUGAAGAUUAUGUUUAAUAAGAAAGAAAAUGCUUUGGUUCAGAUGGCAGAUGCAAAUCAAGCUCAGCUAGCAAUGAACCAUCUGAAUGGUCAGAGACUUUAUGGAAAAGUGCUCCGUGCUACACUGUCCAAACAUCAGGCCGUUCAGCUUCCUCGAGAGGGACAAGAAGACCAAGGUCUGACUAAGGAUUUUAGUAAUAGUCCUUUGCAUCGCUUUAAAAAGCCUGGCUCUAAAAACUUCCAGAAUAUUUUUCCACCGUCAGCCACUCUGCAUCUUUCCAACAUCCCACCUUCUGUUACGAUGGAUGACCUGAAGAACCUUUUCACAGAAGCUGGGUGUUCAGUGAAGGCUUUUAAAUUCUUUCAGAAAGAUCGCAAAAUGGCCCUUAUUCAGUUGGGAUCUGUGGAAGAAGCGAUCCAGGCCCUCAUUGAGCUUCAUAACCAUGACCUUGGAGAAAAUCACCACCUCAGAGUUUCCUUCUCAAAAUCUACAAUCUGACUUUCUGUGAAUUUUUCUUCUAAGACUGGACCAUAAUAGCAGUAAAAUGUUCAGACAUAGACUGAAGCAAUUCAAGACCAAUUCUGCCUCUUUUACAAAAAUGAUUUUUUUCUGAGUUUGCUGUUUAAGUAUAUUCAAAAAAUUAAGGAAUGUUUUCCCCCCUGCCAAUAUGUGCUCAAAGGGGUGUUUUUCUUUUAUAUCUUAAUUUCUAUGAAAAUAAUCUUCAGGAAAAAAAUUUUUUUUCAGUAAUUCACUUCCCCAUAUUAAAUUGGAUUUCAAAAGGACAGACUCUUUUAGUUUGGGACCAGAUCAGCCUUAUACAUUUCUAAACUCCUUUGUACUUUAAAAAAUUAAAUAUAACAACUUUUAAAAUUACUUGAUAUAAGUAAUUUCAAUUUCUUACAACCAAGUUUUUAACUUUAUGCUUCAGAAUUUGUUCAUGUAUAAAUUACAUCAAUUAUUUGGCAUAUAUUGAUGGUUAUACAUAAACAAAUUGGUUUGUGUUGGAAGCAGAUUUAUAAACUUCAUGUUCUCUUUCAGUUUUUUUUUUUCCCACUGGUAAGACACUCCUAUGAAUAUUGCAUAUCUUUAAUUUUUUAAAAGUAUUUGGAGAAAUGAAGCAUCUCAGCUGUCCCAAGGAAAUUAAGUGGAAUCCAACCAGGAUCAAUUAAGGUGUCAGAAAAAUCAGUAACUUUCUUUGGAAAAAUCAUGUUUUAAAUUUCAAAAUGAUACAUUUGCUGAGUAAUAUAAUAUGAUCUUAGAAAACUAAAAAACAAUUCUACUUAUAAACUACUUUUUUAUAAUUGUUUUCAGAAAAAAGUUUACAGUCUUAAGGAAAAUAUUCAGGUCUAUCAUGGUUUGACAGAUUUUUAAAAGUUAUUUUUGGUAAGGUCUUCUUUUAGAAAAAAAUUAAAUCUCAAGGGUUUUUUGUACCACUAUAAUCUGUAAUACUUAUUCAGAAUUACUGUGUAUUUACUUAAUUUCUAAUUAUGUGCCUUAUUAUGUGCUUAUGAUACAAUAGGUUAGAGUUUUAUCUAAGUAUCUUGAAAGCUAUAUUGUGGGCUUGGUGAGUGUUUCCCUUUUCUUUCCCUGUUUUGGUAAGGAUUUUAAAGGAUUUUUCAUUGCUAUUUUAAGUAGUUUUCAAUAAGUGAUCAUUUUUAUCCAAAUUUAUGGUGCUUUGGUGCAGAGAUGGGGUGGGGAAGGAUAAAUGGUUUAGACAAUAAUUCACUGUACACCUGUAGGCCUCUUCACAUUUGACCAAUAGCAGUCAUUGCCGUUAUGGCAUACUGAUUUGGAGCUAUGAAAUGCAAUCUCAGUUUCUGGAUCUUGUCAAAUCUUUAUCAUUCAUCAGAUUUUGUCUCAGGAUUACUUGAUUUUUCUCAGUACUCAAGCAGAACUUGCUUUUCUUUGUUAAUGUAGCUUCAUUACUGAGUGCCCACAUAUGUGGAGUAUGGCAGAAUGGGUUCCUUCUCAUUCUCGGUCCCAUUCCCUUUUUUGGUUGAAUGUAAGAGUGCAUUUUAAUGUGGCUUCAGUGAUUGUAUAAUGUAAAAUUGUUUCUUUUUAAUGAGAAACUUAGCUUUUGUUAAUUUCUCCUUCAAUGCUUGAUCAGAUUUUUUAAAAGCGGGAUUUGUCAAAAGGGACAUUUUUGUCCACCACUUUUACACUUCUCAGAUUCUCAGAGUGGCUCAUCUCACCUUUAAGAGGAAUAUCUCAAUCUCUUUGCUAUAUUCCAGCCAUUUAUUUGAACACAGGAAGGGUUCUACAAAAGAAGUUUUACAAAAAAUUGGAGACAGAGGAGAUAUUAUAGGUUGUUAAAAAGCAGAAUUCACUCAACACUGAGCAAUAGAAGGUAGGUAGAAUUGGAAGGAGACUACUAAAUUGAGACCUUUUGGGUGCAUCAAUUUAGCAUUGGCUGAAUAGAUAGGUAUAAUCACUUAUCAGAUUUUUUAUUUUUUUCACUUACGAGAUAUAUUUUUAGCUAAACACUGAGUAAAGGGGAAGGGGAAAAUGUCUUUGAGACAGCUCCCAAAAUUUACUUCCUUUUUCCCUCCAUACAGGCACUAUUAAAGUUUUUAGUGACAGGUUAAAUUGGAUUCUUUCAUUUGCUUUGAGUUACGAAUUUCUGUGUAGUUUAAAGUCAUGAUUCUCAUAAUCAGCGUGUAAGUGUAGCAAAAGUGUAGCAGAAGGGAGAUCAUAAGGGUGUUGAAUGUAAUUUUGAAAUAGAGCAUGGCCUUUAAAUCUGAGAGAACGUUUGAAUCCUUUUCAGGGAUUUGUGAUGUGUGUUUAUAUAAGUGUGUGUAUAUAUAUAUAUGUAUAUAUAUGUAUAUACACACACACACGCACAUACACUCUUCUGAUGUUGUACAUACAUAUACACAUUACAUACCUUUUAAUUUAUUGACAAAGAAAAUCAAAUUAAGAUUUGGAAAAGUGAGAUAUUCUUAUUUAAAGUAGUGUGUUUGAAACCAUCAAUUUGUGUCUAAAAUUAGCUGUAGCACAUGGAUGUUAUCUAUACUGGGCUAUUUGCUGUUUGACUUCUAGAAGUCUACAGUGUUUGUGUUGGCAUAGUUUAUGUAAAAAGAUUUUAAAAUAUCAGGGUAGUGGAAAAAUUAGAUCUUUGUAUUUUUGUUUUUGGCAUGCAUGUAUUAGAUAUCUUCUAAGUCAUGUUUUCACUGUUCAGCUGACAUAGUAUUCUAUUUUUAAGCUUAUUUACUUUAUUUUAAGGAGUAUGUCUUAUCACUUUUGGAAGUGUCUUCACUUUUACACAAAGUAUAUAUAUUCAGGACUUUUAAAAAAAUAGCAGUACAUGUUUAACAAGUAGCAAUUUAUGCCAAAAAGUUUUUCUUUGAGAUUUAAGUAAGUUGCAGAGCAGUAAAAUGUGUUUUGUGUGAAAUACAAAUAGAAAAAUGACCCAGUAACUAAAUUGUUAACUUAUCAAUUAAGAAUAUCAGCAUUUUACCCAAUAGCUCCUACAGAAUGCCAUAAAUCCUUUAAGACUAAAUAUUGUAAUCUUUUAUUUGUAGUAAUAAUAUUUCUGAUUUUUUUUUUUUUUGUCAAAAGACGCAGAUAUCAUCAUUUUUAGAGACGUAUUUCUUUCUGCUUGCCUAAUUCCUUAUGGGAGCAGGGCAGUGCCUACAAUAGUAAUCUAGGUUCUGCCU